AUGAUCCUGCCCCUGCUGUAUGUUAGUGAAGACAUCCUGGCUAUUGGCAGAACCUGUGCCGUCUUUACCCAGCAGCCCCAUGACCUGGUUGUGGUGGCAGGCCAGCCUGUAACUCUACCCUGCUCCAUCCCUGGAUACCACGGGAUAGUGCUGUGGGUUAAAGACGGCCUAGCACUGGGAGUCAACAGGGAUGUAUCAGGGUAUCCACGUUAUGAUAUUGUGGGAGAUCCCAGUAAAGGAGAAUACCAUCUUCUCAUCCAGAGGACCGAGCUGGCUGAUGAUGCUCUCUUUGAGUGUCAGGCCAUCCAGGCAGCCAUCCGAUCCCGUCCGGCACGCUUGACGGUUCUGGUUCCACCUGACGACCCCGUGAUUGUUGGGGCUCCUGUUGUGAGUCUGAGGGCCGGUGACCCCCUGAACCUUACCUGCUACGCGGACAAUGCCAAACCUGCUGCCUCCAUCAUCUGGAUCCGCAACGGAGAAGUGUUGAAUGGAGCUAUGUACUCAAAGACUCUUCAGAGGGAUGGACGGAGAGAGAGCACAGUUAGCACUCUUUACAUUUCUCCAUCCAACAUCGAAAGCGGACAGCAAAUCACCUGUCGUGCUUCAAACAAAGCCGCGCCCAACGGCAAAGAGGCCACGGUUACCAUCGACAUCCAGCAUCUACCUUUGGUGAAUCUCUCAGUGGAACCCCAGCCCAUCCUUGAAGGCAAUUCGGUUAGGUUUCACUGCUCUGCCAAGGCCAAUCCGCCAGUUACUCAAUACAGGUGGGCAAAAGGUGGCAACAUUAUCAAGGAUGUAUCUGGUGAGAGCUACGAGGUUGUGGUAGACCACUCGUUUUUCACUGAGCCUGUGUCCUGUGAGGUCACAAAUCCCCUCGGCAGUACAAACAUCAGCCGCAAUGUAGACGUCUACUUUGGACCCCGCUUGGCAGCAGAACCCCAGUCCCUGCAGGUGGACCUGGGUUCUGAUGCUGUGUUUAACUGUGCCUGGACGGGGAAUCCCUCCCUCACCAUUGUGUGGAUGAAACGAGGCCAUGGAGUGGUGCUUAGCAACGAGAAUAUCCUCACGUUAAAGGCCGUGAGACAGGAGGACGCUGGGAAGUACGUGUGUCGAGCUGUUGUGCCCCGAGUCGGAGUUGGAGAAAAGGAAGUGACGCUUACUGUAAACGGCCCUCCCACUAUCUCCAGCACCCAGACUCAGCAGGUUCUGUACGGGGAGAAGGGACAGAUCAAGUGCUUUAUUCGCAGCACUCCUCCACCAGACCGCAUCGCGUGGUCAUGGAAAGAGACUGUACUGGAAUCAGGGACGUCAGGGCGCUACACAGUGGAGACGGUCAGUACAGAUGAGGGAGUCAUCUCAACCCUGACUAUGAGCAACAUCGUCCCUGCUGACUUUCAGACCAUCUACAACUGCACUGCAUGGAAUAGCUUCGGCUCCGACACUGAGAUUAUUCGCCUCAAAGAGCAAGGGUCCCUGCGAUUGGCCGUUAUCAUUGGGGUUGCCGUGGGAGCUUUCCUGGCUCUCAUCAUUCUCAUGGGGACCCUGGGGGCUUUCUGCUGUGCUCGAUUCCAGAGAAAAGACAUACACCUGGUCAUGUCCUCACUCCCCGUGUCCAUCUCUGCUCGCCAGAGAGACAUCGCGAACACUAAUAAGACCGAAAAUCUUAAAGGGGUUGUCUCAGCAAAAAACGACAUCCGGGUGGAGAUCGUUCACAAGGACCAUAACACAGCCAUCGAGCCCGAGGAGCACGCCAGCAUGAAACAAAUGAUGAUUGAGCGUGGGGAAUUCCAGCAGGAAUCUGUGCUGAAACAGUUGGAGGUCCUACAAGAGGAAGAGAAAGAAUUUCAACAUAUUAAAGACCCUACCAACGGUUACUACAGUGUCAACACUUUCAAGGAGCACCAUUCCACUCCCACCAUCUCUUUAGCUAGCAACCAGCCGCCUGAAGUACGCAACACCGCGUCCGCGACCAUCGGCAAGCACCGGGUCCCCACGGGCAUGUCCUUUACCAACAUCUACAACACCCUGGGUGCCGGACCCAACCGCCUGUACGACUACAGCCAGCGUUUUGUGUUGGGAAUGGGCAGCAGCUCCAUCGAGCUGUGCGAGCGAGAGUUCCAGCGUGCCUCGUUAAGCGAUUCCAGCUCCUUCCUAGACACGCAGUGCGACAGCAGCGUUAGCAGCUACAGUAAACAGGAUGGGUACGUGCAGUUCGAUAAGGCCAGCAAGGCCUCGGCCUCCUCUUCCUCCCAUUACUCCCACUCUUCCUCCCAGAACUCGGACCUCACGAGGCCCCUGCAGAAACGCAUGCAGACCCACGUGUGA